AUGAACCAACCUCGAGAACUUCAAAAUCAUUUCCAAGGGUUGCCUGAAUUUCAUUAUGCUGCGCUGUUGGGAAAACAAGAAUUACUUCGAAAAUUGUUAUCUACAGGUGACACAGUUCUAUCCAGUGUUGACAUGUAUGGCAGGACAGCUCUGCACAUAACUGCUUCUCAUGACGUUUACAACAGUCUUGAUGUUUUAUGCAGAAAUUGCUCAAAAGACAAAAAAAUCCUUGAUCAGAAAGACAACUAUGGUUACACUGCUCUGCAUUACGCCGUUCAAGGAGCAAACACAUACUGCGCUAAGCUGUUGCUUGAUUCAGGAUGUAAUGUGGACCCUGCCCAGUAUUCUCAGUACACUCCGCUUCACCUGGCUGCCUCAUAUGGUUACCCUGAAUUAGUUUCUGUCCUUUGUGAGCACGGCGCUAAUGUUCACGCGCGGAGCGUCACCCAAGAAACACCAUUACAGAUGGCGGCUCGAUCUGGCAUCCGAAUUCGGGAAAGAAUGAAGGUUCACUACAUCACUCUGGCCCUUUUACUCAAGUUUGGUUCCGAUGCAAAUGUAAGGGACAACGAUGGUAUAACACCGCUUCAUUAUGUCGCUAUGUACUGUGAAAAUAAAGAAUGCGCUGCCCUCCUAUGCGCAGCUGGAGCAAGCGUAAGAAAUCAGAACCGUGGUAAAGUUACCGCUAUCCGUGUUGCACGAUGUGCGGAGGUUCAUGAGUUUCUCAAGCAAGUGGAGACCAUUCUUCCAAGACUUGAACAUUUGUGUCUACUGGUUGUGCGCAAGGAACUAGGAACGAAUUUGAAAAACAAGGCGGAAUACUUACCUCUACCCAAACCCCUCAAGGACAAACUACUGUUUAAGAAACUUCAAAAGAUUGUUUAA